AUAUUAAACAUAACUGUUACUCUCUACAGCCCCAUGCUAAUUCAGGAGAAGACGGUCAGACCCAUACAGGAGAAGACAGUGAGCCUCUAAAAUCGCUCCUAAUGAAAAAAGCACCACAAAUCUUUGAGGAGUAUGAAAACACAGGCUUCCUGUCAGGGAAGUCAAGAAAAUGUAUAGUGAAAAUGUGCGUGGGAGACCUAGUUCAGAGGUGUGGUUAUUAUCCUCUUAGUGGAGACAAGUUAGCCUUAGCGAAGAGCAUCAUUACCAUCUUCCCAUCUCUGAGUAUCCAGGUGGCUGGAGAAGGGGAGGGAUUUGAGCAUUUCUAUGAUCCAGCAUCCCACAGUGGAUUCAUUGAGAUAAAAUUGCGUAACCUUCGGCGGAAUCUACAACAACAUGAAAGACGCUACAGAAAGCGAAAAGUAACCAGUUACCCGGAGGAUGCACAAACAUCCAGUACAACCGAGACCGAAAAUGAUAAUACCAUGAAUGAAUGGGUAACCUUGAUCAAGAGAUUGCGGCCGUCUUCGGAAAACCUUUCAGUAAUAAAGUCUGGGAUGGAAAAAAACAUUCACACAGCGCAGAGCAUGGAUUACAAGGGAAUCGCCCACACUUGCAGAAAUAUUGCGUGAAUAUCCACGAUUUAUGGACAUGCCGAGUCUGCUGGACUCAGAGUUUGGAAGGUUGACAGGUGAAAAGACAGACCUUUUCCUUCGUAGAUGGGAGACCAACAUCAUGCCAAAACUGAGAGUUGUGGCUGCCAUGGAACCUGGACUCAGCACUCUUUUGAGAGGAUUUGAAAACAUGACUGAAGAGGAGGCUUGUUACAGAACACUCGUGGUACUAACACACCUUCUGCCCCCUGUUAGUGGAAGACAAUGUAGCGUCAAGGAUACAAUAACACACCUUCUAGAUUUUGUGCCGACUGGAACAAGAAUAGCUUCCCUCUGCAAUGAUUCUGCUACUUCAUCAACAAACCAUCAGCCCCAGCUCAUCUGCAUCGGUAAUCUGCGGUCGUCAAAGCAGUAUGUCAUCGUUGCAAAAAAUGACAAAGUCACCAUCCCCCUGGACGAUGGACUCACAUGUGCUGUGGACAAGCUUUUUAAGCUGUACUGGGUGUUUAACUUGUGUUAUCCAUCCCAACUCGGACCUGUCUUUACAUUUUUUGAGUACAUCUAUGAUCUUCCAUUCUCCACACAAAGAAAAACAAGGGUGAUUGAAUUGAUUGCACAACUUAAAGCUUGUAAAUGAAAUGUAUUGUUGUCCAAAAUGUAGACAAACUGGUUUCAAAGAGGUGAAAAAUCUCCUAUGGCACCUCCGUGAAAUACACUGCUUAUCAGAUGGACAGAAUAUAAAAAUUAGAUGUGCUCAGGAAAAUUGUCCAAGAACAUAUUAUAACUUGAAUUCAUUUACUAGGCAUCUACACAGAGUACAUUUUAAGAUGGGUACAAAAGAUAUGCCUGUUGUGCAAUCCUUGUUCCCAAGCGAGGGUUCAAACAGUGGAGAACAAACUCAUACUGAUAAUUUGGAUACACCCAAUAUUAUGGUUGCAGCUCCACAAUCAGAAAAUUACAUUGAGCUCAGUAAUUGUGCAGCAUCUUUUGUUUCCCAGAUGUAUUCAUCUUCAAAUGUAACGUGAACUGUGCAAAUGAGCUAAUUACUAGAACUGUAGACAGGUUGCAGCAAUCAACUACAACUUUGUUGAAUAGUUUGCAAGUACCUGGUGACAGUGAUACUUUGAUGAAAGAGUUUGAAGAUGCCAAGCACAUAUUUGAUGAUCUUGACAGACAAUAUAAAAUAAAAAAAUGUUUUGCGAAGUU